AGCUCUGGUGGCUGAUACUAUAGUCUUGCCUUGGAAGAGCGAGCUAGUGUGCUUUGGCAGCUAGUGUUCUACUUCCAGCGUUUAUCUUGUUGUUCAGAGCACAAUAAAAUCUGUGAUUUUCCUGAACAUUUUUAUUUUUUUAUUUUUUUCUAUUUGGUGGAUUUAUUGAACAUCUGGAGAUGAGCCGGAGAAUGGAGCUGAGACGGCUCCUGGAGGAUCAGAGGAGGUGGAGCCGUCACGGAGAUCAUGAUGAUUCAACGCAGACCGUAUUUGAGGAGAGACUGCGGUCUGAGCGCCGAAGAGGUGAAAUAAGAUCUCGUCAGGACACCCAGGAACAUCUGCAGAGGCCUCAGAGGGAGCACAGACACCGAAGCCGUUCUCCUCUUCCUGCUCCUGAGAUAGCACCAACAGACGGACCAAGUCCAGAUCCUCUCCCUGGUCCAAGUCAUCUACAGCCAACGUCUCAGCAGCCAGCGGAGAAUAGGCAGAAUCUCUCGGACAUGGUGCACGAGAUCGUCAUGCAGAUGAUGACAGCCGCUGAGGAAGCCGACAAUGAGCAGAAUAUCCCGGCCAUCUUGGAAGAGAUCAUCGAACAGAACAGGCCAGCUGUGGUGGAAGAGAUGCACAGGCAGAAUGUCCAGGCCUUGCCGUUAAAGAUCAGAUUUUUCCAAUCUACCAUCAUUGCUGGGGAUGAAGCGACACAGUCAUGUGCUAUCUGUCUGAUGCAGUACCAAGAUGGGGAGCGAGUGUCUACCCUGCCCUGCAGCCACAAGUACCAUCCAAGCUGCAUCUUACAGUGGUUUGCAACACAUUCCAGCUGUCCCCUGUGCCGCGGAGAGUGCAUCCCAGGGCAAAUUGAGUGUUGGAUCUCCUGAAUAUGGUAAGAGGAAGAUCUAAAUUACCACCUUCUCUAGAUUCCAUACCACCUCCUCCAUUCUACUUUGGGCCUACUGCCCACACUGCUCACCAGGCAUAGCGCUCGCCUAUUGUGCCAUUCUAUUGGGCCUAAUGCCCCUUUUAUAUUGCCCGGGCCUAGUGUCUGCCUAAUGAUUCCCAGGCCUAGUGCCUGCUAUGCCCACGGGCCUAGUGCCCGAACCAUGGUGGUCUAGGGUGGGACCGUCUGGAUUUACCCAUCCUAAGGGCUGUGGCUGGACCAAGCUUGGUCCAGACCCGCCCACCACUUGGUAUUGCUCCCACUACCUCCGGCCUUCCUGGAGUCUUCACCUGGGCAGUGGUGGCCAGUAAAAGCUAUUUUACGUCACACACAACUGUCACAGGACUUCAACGUUUUCACAUCUGCUGCGUUGCGCCGACUUAUUUAUCCUGCGGCCUAGCACCGGAUGAAGCGAUAUCACAGCUUAGCACCGACUAACAACACCUGUAGCCUAGCGCCGACUUAUCCAACCUGCGGGCUAGCGCAGGAUCAAGAGAUACUACGGCCUAGUGCCGACUUACCAGACCUGCGGUUAAUCGCACAAUGUAAUACUACUGGGCAUUGUGCCCUUGUCUAUACCAACCUUGUCGUCCACAUAGUAGCUUUGGGCUUACCGCCCACUGUGCCCUGGCCAAUUGUUGCCUAUAUGUGGGACUUUGCUGCCAUGGGCCUGUUUCCUGCCUACCUGAAAUGAUCCCAAUGCUUUGGGCCUAUUGCUCACCUACCUAAGAAUCUUACAAUAAGCUUUGGGCCAAAUGACCACGGGACCCCGACCUAUUGCUGCCGUUAGGGGCUGAAUAUUCUAUCCACGGCGAGCUGACCACGUAGUGUGCAGCUCUAUUGGGCCUUCUGCCCACACUGCUCACCGGGCCUAGUACUCGCCUAUUGUGCCAUUCUAUUGGGCCUAAUGCCCCUUUAUGUCACCCGGGCCUAGUGCCCGCGUAAUGAAUCCCAGGCCUUGUACCUGCUAUGUCCACGAGCCUAGUGCCCGAACCCUGUUGGUCUAGGGUGGGACCGUCUGAAUUUACUCAUCCUAAUGGCUGUGGCUGGAUGAAGCUUGGUCCAGACCCGUCCAACGCGUGGUUUUCGCCGGAGGUGGGAUGUCUCCUACCACCUCCGGGCUUCCUGGAGUCUUCACCUGGGCAGUGGUCGCCAGUAAAAGCUCUUUUCCGUCGCACACUACUGUCCCAGGGCUUCGACGUCUUAUCCACAUCUGCGGCGUAGCGCCGACUUAUCCAACCUGCGGCCUAGCGCCGGAUGAAGAGAUACCACAGCUUAGCCUUGACUUACCAAAUUUGUAGACUAGCGCCGAUUUAUCCAACCUGCGGUCUAGCGCAGGAUGAAGAGAUACUACGGCCUAGUGACGAUUUACCAUACCUGCGGUUAAUCGCACAAUGUAAGACUACUAGGCCUUGUGUCCUUGCCUAUACCAACCUUGUCAUCCACACAAUAGCUUUAGGCUUACCGCCCACUGUGCCUCAG